AUGAUCCAAAGGAAGGCGGAACACUUCAGGAAGGACAGGCGUGUGGCUGGAAGGCGAGGCACGGAGAACAUGAACCAGAACCACGGGAGUCUGCAUCCAAACAGGAACCAAGAAAACAGGAGGACUGUAGACACAGAAACAAAGAGCUUAGUGUGGUUUGUGAUUCCCCUGGGUCUCGUCUACUUCGCUGAGUAUUUCAUCAACCAGGGCUUGAUGGAACUCCUGUUUUUUCAGAACUUCUUCCUGUCCCAUGCGGAGCAGUAUCGCUGGUACCAGGUUCUGUAUCAGGUCGGUGUGUUUGUGUCUCGAUCCUCCCUCUGCUGCAUGAAGAUCAGGAAACUGUGGAUUUUCUCUCUCCUGCAGGGAAUGAAUGCCAUCUUCCUGGUGUUUGCUGUACGUUUCCAGUUCCUUCCCAGUGCCUGGAUCAUGUUUGUUAUCAUACUCUAUGAGGGUCUGCUGGGCGGAGCUGCAUAUGUGAACACCUUUUACUUCAUCAGCAAGGAGGUCCUGCCAUUACUGGAAUAG